AGUCGGACAUGACACUGAAAUCUGAGUCAGAGCCAGAUGAAUGAGGCUGGUUGUGGUUGAGACCUCGUUGUUGGUUUGUUUUUAGCUCGAAUAUCCACAGGUGGUUUUCGUGUCGUCAUACAUUUGACCAUACAGGUUGUCAAUGUAAACCUCACGCCUGUCCUCCAUCUGAGCAGCAGCGUCCCGUCCACAGCCGACUGCGUCACGGCGACAGCGGCGGAAAAGUUACGCAUUUCCUCACCGGAGUGCGGGGAAUAACGCUGCGGCGGCCCGCAGACACAUGACAUGGUGGAUUACAGUGUUUCAGAUGCAGCAGGGGCCCUCCUCCCAAAGAGAGGUGGCCCUUUUAAAAUGGAGGAGCUGGCUCUAAGUGACCUGCUGGAAUGUCCUCUGUGUUAUGAGCCACUGGACGUGUCAGCCAAGGUCCUGCCCUGCCAGCACACUUUCUGUACGUCCUGCCUGCAGAAGCAGGAGGCAGCCCACACCCAGCUGCUCUGCCCAGAGUGUGGUGCUCCUGUGCCAGCCAGGACGGUGGAGGAGCUUCCUGCAAACUUCCUGCUGGUUCGGAUCCUGGAGGGGCUCCGUGGCUCACCGGGGCCCGGCAAGGACAGGCAGGCAGCCCGCUACGCAGUGCCCUUGGCCAGGGGCGGCUUGACAGUCUGGGAGGGUCAACACGGAGAGAAGCAAGGGCACAAUGAGCUCGCUCUCAGAUCUUUGAUGCGUAACCAACGAGGUGAUCCGUCAGGAGAGCUGGUCCUCGCGCCUGGUAACGGUAUCGCCCCGAAACACAAAGUGGAUGAGAGCUGGCACCACGGAAACGGUGGCGACAGUAGCGGCGCGUCUGUCACUGCCAACACGCCGCAGGCCGUCAGCCAGAUGCCUCAGCUGCAGCAACUCCAGCAGUCCCAACCCCAGGCUCUCUGCAGGGCGCUGCACGACUUUAACCCCGAAGAGAGCAAUCUGGAAGACAGUAAAUAUUGUCUCAGCUUCCUCAAGGGAGACAUCCUUACUGUCAUCAGACGGCUGGAUGAACACUGGAUUGAAGCCAAGCUAGGGGAGAAAGUUGGAAUUUGCUCUCUGCAGUAUAUAGAGCCAAACUCAGUGGCUGCCAAACUGCUAGAGGGAAAGAAUCGGAGGGGGAGUGACUCAGCAGAAUUUCACCAUCGGACUGGGAGUGGGGGCAAAGACAAGGCCACGGAAGUAUCCAAUAGGACCACUCAUUACGGAGUCCCUCAAUUGCCAGUGAGGACACCCAUCAUCAAUGCUUUGCCCCUCUCCAACCAGCGGAAACAGCCCGCAGCCAGCAGCAUCCGAUUUUACCCGGCAACCAAAGGAGAGACGACCAACUACAGCAGCUUCAGCCGUCAGGGUCAACCACACCAACUCUCUGCGACUCUUGUUGCCCGGGGCCACUCUCAUCCCUCCAGAGUGAACUCUCAGCGAAUUAGACGCCACUCUGACUCUACACUAAGAUAUCGACAGAGUGAGAAGAAGAUGACCAGUGACACUCCGCCCACCAUCUCUAUGGCUCUGGUGAACCCCCAAAUGUCCUCUGCCUCUGCAGACAGCAAAAACUCCUCCACGCAGCAGCUCUCCAUCAGUGUGUGUGCCGUCCUGUACUCCUACAAACCACGACGGCCCGAGGAGCUGGAGCUGAGGAAAGGAGAGAUGGUGGGAGUGUAUGGAAAGUUCAAAGAAGGCUGGCUGCGUGGGUUAUCGCUCAAAACGGGCAAAGUGGGCAUUCUGCCCAGCAACUACAUCACACCUGUGCUCAGAACCUCGGCCAGACUCCUAGAGACCAAAGCAGCUAAUGUGUCCUCACAGAACAACACAGUCGUCGGAAAGAAACCCACAGCUGCCAAGAAUCCUGCUGUGGUCCUUGCUCUUGAUAGGGUGAACUCUGAUGGAGCGAUGUACUCAAUAGGACAGGUCCCUUCUGUGCCAAAUGGAGCGCAGCAUGCAAUGUCAUCCACUGGAAAACCGUCUCUCUGUGGGGCUUCACAAGGUUGGGACACUGUGAGGCGCAUCUUUAACCCUCAUAGAGGUUCAAACUAUUCCUCCCAUACGUCCAAUCUGAACGUCCCAUCCAAGUCGCAGCACUUUUCACAAGUUCAGGCAUCCGGCUACUCGCCUGCCCUGCAGAGGAAGAAAAACGGCAUCCUCCUUUCUCACUCUUGCAGACCUCGGGGCUGGAUGACCGUGUCAGCAGCGCCCUCUGCUGCUGCAGUCAUUAAGGACAGGGACUUCAGUGCUUCAUAUGAGCGUGACAGACAGCCUCCCGACGGGCCUCACUCAAUUCUAGUCAGACCCAAUCCGCACAAGAAUCAUGCAGACAAGCCGGCAAAGUCAGUGCGGUUCUUAACAGAUGAAGACUCCCCUCCUCCAAGACAUAGCACCUCCUCCUGGUCGUCAGGAAAUCACGUUCCCUCAGACUGCGGCCCUGGCCCCCCUCCAUUAGAAGUAUGGGCCCCGUCGCUCACGCUGGGAAGAGACGGACCGGGGAUCAUUCUCAGAGAAGGAAAAGCUCCUAUUCUCAGGAAAGGCCUAGAAAAUGCAAUUUCGGAUUUAAACCUGCAAAAACCAAUAUUGUCGCAGCCGUUUCUAUCAGCCGUGCCUGCUCAGUUCAGCCCCAGCAGACACAGAGUGACCACAUCACAUUUAGCCCAGACGGACUCAGAGCUCAGUCUGCUUCAAGGAGACCUUGUCCUCGUCCACAGACCUCGACCUGAUGGACGAGUUCUGGUGACUCAGGAGAGCAGUGGGCAGACCGGCUUAUUCCACAGCAUUGUUCUUCAAGCCCUCGAGAGGCUCAGCUGACUGUGUGGUACUCUAGUUAUGUUUAUGUCUAUAUUUCAUGUGUUCAACUGCCAAGACUUGACUGACCUGAGCAAGAUGCGGGUUGAGGUCCAAUGGGUUAAUACUGCCAUUGACAAUCCUUUGAAGGAUGUGUUUAUUUUAUGUCCUGAGUGCAUAUGAGAGUGUGGAUAAAUUCUCCAGAGAUUUAUUGUGUGUUCUUGAACAUAUAUGCAUGUUUGUUACACAUGUACUAAUAUAAGAUUUUGCACAAAAAAACCCAUCUAAUGACUGUUCCUUGUUCAAUACCCAUGUAACGAGCAUUGGUGAGUGCCUUUGUCAAAACUCACAUAGAAACAAACUAUAUUUAAAUAUAUUUAGAGAAAUUAUGAGUUAAAAUAUAUGUACUGCUUAUGUGGUAAUAAACUAUACUU